AUGGCCUCACCUGAGACAGCAGCAAAGUCAGCAACAAGCAUGGCUUCUGGGGGCGCCGGAAAUGCUAUCAUUCUGGCAAGUUCAACAGCGGAAGCAAGUCAGUCCAAUCCAGCAAGUUCAACAGCUCUACCACCUGUUGACCCGAAAGGGAAGGGGAAGAGGAAGAAGGGUGACAAGCCUGGAAAGUUUCGAUCCGAAGUUUGGCUGCACUUUGAGAAGAUUGAGAAGCCUGUGUUUGAAAUAGUUGAUGGGAAGAUGCAGCAAGUUCGAACUGUCACUCGUGCCCAAUGUAAGUAUUGUUCAACCGAUUUGGCUUGUGAUCCAUAUGAUAAUGGGACUAGUUCUCUUAGGAGACACAUUCAAGAUGUCUGUAAGAAGUAUCCGGGUAGGGCUGACAUAGAGAAAGGGCAGACGCUAUUGGGUGGUGAUGGGAGUGUCAGUGUUAGUGGUGAACCUAGUCUAGCUGUUAAACUGUGGUCACAGGAUCGGUGUAGGGUAGCUGCAGUUGAGAUGAUUGUGAUGGAUGAAUUGCCAUUUAGCGCAAUUGAAAGGAAGGGUUUUAGGCAUUUUUGUUCAGUGGCUGUCCUAAAGUAG